AGCUAGGUAGUCACCUGCUGAUUAGAACGGCAACUAAUUCAUUCGAUUGUUGGGGCUUGACCAGGUAUUCUACGCCGACGAAAACGACGGCCGCAUCUACGACGAGCACUUGCUGAGGAUAACACUCCAAUUGUGGACGACGUCAAGAUAACAUGGUCCGGGUCGCCGCAAUGGCUGCAUUUAUGCAGAUUUCCGUAUUGUGGAUGAAUGCCGUUGUCGGUUUUGAUUUGGAGGACCAACUGCAACAAAUGAGAACAAAAUAUGAAAUUUUAACUGCGAAGAUUCACCAACUGGAAGCACUGGAACGAAGAAUAGAACAGCUGGAAUUGUUUUCACAUGACUUACAACAGAGAAAAUGUCCUACAACUAACAAAUCCGUUCCGCAGAAUACUGAAAUUAGCCGCCAAUCAAGAGAAAAAAGUUCCAUACCUAGAACUUGUCACGAUAUUCGCGUAGCUCAUCCGUCCCAAACUUCCGGCAUGUACUGGAUCGAUCCGGACGGUCAAGGCGUCGGCGAAGACCCAAUCGUCGCCUUCUGUAACAUGACAACAGGUUCGACUGCUAUUUUGCACGACAGCGAAUCCAGGAUAUCCGUUUCGCAUUGCAGUGAUCUCGGAUGUUAUUCGAGAUUAAUUAAAUAUUCAGCGACAAGUGGACAAAUGUCGGCAUUGGCCCAGAUAUCCGACGAAUGCCACCAAUCAAUCAGGUAUGAUUGUACCAGUGCUCCGUUGCAGAUCUACGGCAUCAUGUUUUCCUGGUGGAAUGAUAACGACGGAAAUCCGCAUUACUUUUGGUCCGGUGGAAAGAGUAACGUCCACACAUGUCAGUGCGGAAUAGAAGGCAAUUGUGUUGAAGACCUUGCUGCUUGCAAUUGCGAUUCGAGUCUACCAACACCGCUAACAGAUAUUGGAGUCAUCACGGACAAAAAUAUUCUGCCGAUCACACGACUGAACUUCGGUGGGACCUUAACGGCAAAUUCGACCAGUCAACACACCCUCGGACGAUUUGAGUGUACAGGACAGGUGGCUGUCGAUGAAAUACCGACUUCAUCUGGGGAUCAUUGGCGCAUGGAACACAAGUUGAAUGGGUUGCGCUCGGCAGUUAUGGGAACUGAUGCAUCAGACAAGUUCGACUGCGAUUUUAAAACAUUUAAAAACAAUGCAGAUUUCAAGAAAUUCAUUGGAAUGUCAGUGUCAGCUUUUUUUUACGUUCAGAAAAACACGACUUUCGCUACAACGGAUAUUCCAAUUCCAUUUGAAAUUGCCAUGGCGAACGUCGGAGACGCAAUCAACUCAACUUCCGGAAUCUUCACUGCGCCUCAAGAGGGACGAUAUUUCUUUUCUUUUACGGGGUUGGCCCAAUUCCCGUUCUCAUCUUCCUACAAACUUCGACUCGGAGUCGGCCUUUAUUUGAACGGCAACCUAAACAGUAGGAGUUGGGUAGCAAAUAAAGCCAGCGACCAACACAGUCCGUUUAGACUCGAAUCCACUCAACAUUUGCAGCCGGGAGACAAGGUGUGGCUGCAGAUCACCGACAUAUCCGAUGGCGUCUACCUCUACGACAACAGUAAUCAUUAUUCUCACUUUACGGGAUGGCUUUUGCAAAAAGAAAUUUUUGAGAAAUAAUUCA